CUCUCUUUCCCCAUCUUCUUCUUCGUUUUUCUCUUCCUUUUCCAUAUCCGUCGCUUGUGCCAGUGUUCUUCUUGUUCUUCUUCCUUUGAUUUGGGCGCUUGAUUUUCCCUUUUUCUUUGAGAAUUUGGGGGCUCGGUUUGGGCAUUUUGAGUUUGGGGGAUUGAGUGCGGAUUGGGGUUGUUGGUCAACUGCCCCUCUGCCAAAAAUUUCUAUCUCUGCCGCUCUCUCAGGCCCACACUUGUCCAACAAAGGGGGGAGAAGCAGGACCCUUCGCAGGAGAGAGAAGGGAGGUAGAGGAAGAUGCAUUCAUUCACCUAUAGAGCAAAUGCUCUCCUAACAUUCUCGGUGACAAUUUUGGCGGUGCUGUGUGGGCUGGCUUCCCUCUCUGACAAUUUCAACGUCCCAUCUCCCACUGCUGAGAUUCAGGUGUUGAAUUUCAAUCGGUUCCAGAGGCAGCCAAAUGGAAAUGAUGAGGUCAGUUUGACUUUGAGCAUAUCAGCGGACCUACAGUCCCUGUUCACCUGGAACACAAAGCAGGUUUUUGCGUUUGUGGCUGCUGAGUAUGGAACACCACAGAAUUCAUUGAAUCAGGUGUCUUUGUGGGAUGCAAUUAUUCCUUCGAAGGAGCAUGCAAAAUUUUCAGUUCAAGUGCCAAACAAGUAUCGCUUUGUUGAUCAGGGGAGCAAUCUCAGAGGUAAAGAAUUCAAUUUGACACUCCAUUGGCAUAUCAUGCCCAAGACAGGAAGAAUGUUUGCUGAUAAGAUUGUCAUGACUGGAUUCCGUUUGCCAGAGAGCUACAGAUGACGUAAUGUCACUGGUUCUUCGAUAUUUCUAUCUUUUCUCAAUCCUUCAUGAUCCAAAGAUUUUUCUUAUGGAAUGUGCGAGAUAUGUAGUUUGUAGCAUAAAAUUUUGGAAUGUUGAAGCUAAGUAUGAUCUCUUGCUUAUGUUCAUGAAAAGCAGGCUUGUCAAACUAGUGGAAGAUAGAAAUAUGAAGGUUGUAAGAACUUCACAUUA